AUGGAGAGGCGUGAAGUUUAUAGGAACUACCAUGAAUUUCUUUCACUUCUCCUUUUGCCCGAUGGCCACCCUAAUAAGCCAAGAUCACAAGACUUGAGGCAGUCAACCCCAAAAAAAGGUGGCACAAUUUCUGUUGUGCCCCAUAAUGAACCUGUUGGUGGAACGGGGGUGAAAGCGGGCACCCGAGAACAGCUGAGAAAUGAGCUUGAAACCAUUGGAAGGGUAUAUGAAGAGCACCUCCUUAGAGGGCUGACUUUUCCAGGGGCCGCCGAGUAUCAUGAGGUUAUCGGGGAAUGGGUUGACCGUGUUAUGGAGAAUUGGCGGGUUUCUGGAGGUUCCGGAGAGGAUGCUUCGGCGGUGGUCGAGACCCUCUACAAAGCUUCCACCAAAAGCUUCCAUUCUCCGCGAAUACUCAGACAUUUAUUCACCGCUCUCACGGCUACUGGGAAUUUUCCUGAUACACUGCUCGCAUUGAACACCUAUCUCGAGUUUAUCCACAGGGCUAAAGAGAGAAUUUCCAAGGGACAUGUAGAGAAGGAUUUUGAUGACGACAAAACUAUUCUCCAAACUGUAGUUGAAGGGAUCCGUGUAGUAUGCGCCUUUAUAGGAGAUGGUGAAAAAGCGAUGACGAUGGCUGAGACCCUGGAGAAAUGGAUCGACGAAUGGUACACGCGGGAUCCAGAGGUAUUGUCAGAUGUCUACAGAGGCAUUGGUAUGGCGAACGCAACAUGGGCACGGCAAACGGUCGAUGCAGAAGAAAGGCCCGAUGCACAACUGGCUGCGAUCGAGGCAUUCAAGAAAGGAUUAAGUUAUGACACCCUGGACGUUGAUGGGUGGUAUGGCCUGGCUUUAGUUCAAGUCGAACACGGUGAUAUCGAGUCCGCGGUAGAAAGCUCAAAACGGGGGCUCACGUGCUUGAAGUGCCUUGCUGCAGAUGACGAAGCUGACGAACUUUGGUAUGGGCGAGGGUCAUAUCGACGCCGGGCUAUCCCUUUAUUGCAUCUCCUGGCAAUACUUAUGACUAUAGAAGAGGAUUUCGAAGGUGCCGAGCGGGCUUGCGAAAACGCCUUUGAGAUUCUUGGGGACAACAUGGCGGUUUUUAGGGACAUGGGUGUUGGGGAAAAGGAAGGGGUGCUGGAGGUCAAGAUGACACAGAUUGCUAUUGAGGAAGCACUUAACGGACCAGGAGCUGCCGUUAAAACGGCGGAUAGCCUACUUGAUCUUUACGGUCGGUUAUUUGAAGUAACAAAUGUAGUCGGGGCAGAUCUACCUACAAGCACAUUUCAAAAUGAGCAAGUGGGGAGUGUCCCUUCUACCCGACCGAACACUGCAAGUAGGAAAUCACGUCUCCUGGGUGGAAGAAGUCAUAAGAAAGAGUUUGCGGCUUCUGCGACUAAUUUAUCACAAGACAAGUCUAGUUUUCAGCAGUCCGGGAGUGAUGGAAGUAGUUCACUAACGAAGCGGCCCAAGUCGAGUCACCAAUCUCUCCAUCAGCUGGCCGGAACAACGCCUAAUCCAAGCGCCCCUAAAAUCCAGGUCACAGAGCAUAGUUCAACACAAUCCGCAAGCACUUUAAAAAAGCAAAAUCGGCCCAAGAGUGUAUCGGGCGGCACUAUCAGACGAAUGAAGUCUUUUGGGAGCUUUCAUUCUUCGGGGCAUUCAGCGAAGCAAGUUCCCGAAGUCCCGACCCCCCCAUUGCCUAGCAGCACUGAGGCCUCUUCUGUAAGCGCUGAGAGGAGUCCUGCCGGAAGUGUCAAAGGACCCGGACAUAACCACCACCCACACUUAUUCCACAUGCUUAAAAUGAAGCUUAAAAGGCACCAAUUACAGGAGAUGGGGAGUAGUGAUAGCAGUGUAGUCGCUGUCGGGAAAUUCACAGGCUCCAGCACCUCCUUCGUGCCCGACGGAGUUAGGACACCCGUUGAUGGGGCAGCUGACGCCGUCUUGGACAGAUCUGGCCUCCCUAGGGCCGAUGAUAUCCCACACAACCUGGAACGGGGUAAAAUACCCCACCCGAUCCGUGCUAUUGGAGGCAGAAUCACAGAUGAGAUCAGGGGUAAGGGCGCGGAGCCUAGAAAUAUCAAAAGACCAGUCUCAUUGCCGGAGCCUAGGUUAAAAGAAGAAGACGAAAGAAAGAGGGCAGCGGGCGCGCUGAGGGCAGUUUGGAUAUUUGUCGGGGGUCUGUAUAGGAGAGCGGGACAUUUGCAAGAUGCUGCGAUGGCCGUCGAGGAGGCAGCUAGUCUGGUGGGCACUAAGGGCGAUGGCGAAGCCGACAUGUUGACGCAGGCAAGUCUUUCGUUUCCUUUUAGCCUAGCCAAUCACUGACAAGCCGUGAUGAAUUAGAAAGCACUAUUGGCAUUAGAGGGAGGCAGAAAAGAACUCUCCACGGAGUUUUUCGACGCAGCCUUAUUCGUGGACGUCAAUCACCCGCUAGCCACAGUUGGACUAACUAAUAUUCUUUUGGACAUAUCCGUUGGCCCAAACUCCUCCACUCCUGCCCCAAAGGAGUGUGCUCUUGCAGCGACCCAGGAAAGCGAAGACGACGUCCUCAUCGCGAGAAACCGUGCAAUGGGGCUUCUCCAACAACUAACGAACUCCCCCCGAGGCUGGGACGUCCCAGAAGCCUGGUUCGCUCUAGCUAAAUCAUACGAGCUCGCGGGCGAGUUCGGGAGGGCCAAAUCUGCUCUGUGGAAAUGUGUCACGCUGGAGGACUGUAGGGGCAUUCGGGGGUGGGGUUCUGUGCGGCCAAGAAUUGUAUAAUAGUUUAUAUCCCACUAGCUCCUUUCUUGCCUUAUUUCUCUUGGGCCGAAAAGUGCGGAUAGAGAGAGCUUUUGAUAUCUGUAUUUUUCUUUUUUUCUGCAUGGGGGGAUCUUAGCUUUCGACGAUUGAAGGUUUCGUAUGGCCCGCCGCAGCUGUUGAGCAUAUUGUUCUCAUUACCGGUAUUUUCUUCAAACUCCAUUCCCGGAAGUUGAGUUAUAGAAUUUAUCGGAGGAAAGGAAGGAUUGGAGGAAGAAACUAUUAAAUAGAGGGAUGGGCGUAUCCAAUAAUAUCAUAAUAUCCACU